ACACAACAAUCUAAAACAAACCAAUCUAAGAAAACAAGUAUCCAAUGAGAGUGAAAGCAAGCCACAAGUUCUCAUCUACAACAUGUAAUCACCACAACCAAUCAUGUAACAUUAACAAACAUACAACAAAUGCCACGUGUCAGGUUCCAAUUAACGUUCAAAGAUUUCAUUGGAUGAGGUUUUAUCACACAAACUCCAUCUAAAUUACACUUCACCUCAAAAAAACAUCAUCAAAGUUCUAAACUUUAUCACUCACUCUUCAAACCCAUCAAAUUUUCUUGCUCCAAUUAUGGCAGCAGAAAUGGCUCUAGUGAAACCAAUUUCAAAAUUCACCAACACCAAACCAAAAUUCAACACCAUUCCUAAAACAUCUUCAUAUUCCAUAAGAAUGUCUGCUACACCAACAACAACACCAACCUCAACAAAACCAAACAAGAAACUCACAAAAACUAAUAUCAAAGAGACCCUUUUGACACCAAGGUUUUACACCACUGAUUUUGAUGAAAUGGAGACACUUUUCAACACUGAGAUUAACAAGAACCUUAAUGAGGAUGAGUUUCAAGCUUUGCUUCAGGAAUUCAAAACUGAUUAUAAUCAAACUCAUUUUGUUAGGAACAAGGAGUUUAAGGAAGCUGCUGAUAAACUUGAUGGUCCUCUUAGACAGAUCUUUGUUGAGUUUCUUGAGAGGUCUUGUACUGCUGAAUUUUCUGGUUUUCUUCUUUACAAAGAGCUUGGAAGGAGGCUUAAGAAAACCAACCCCGUGGUGGCUGAGAUUUUCUCUCUGAUGUCUAGGGAUGAAGCUAGGCAUGCAGGGUUUUUGAAUAAGGGUUUAUCUGACUUCAAUUUGGCAUUGGACUUGGGAUUCUUGACAAAAGCUAGAAAGUACACAUUUUUCAAGCCUAAGUUCAUCUUCUAUGCGACAUAUUUGUCUGAGAAAAUUGGAUACUGGAGAUACAUAACCAUAUACAGACAUCUUAAGGCAAACCCCGAGUACCAAUGCUAUCCGAUUUUUAAGUACUUUGAGAACUGGUGCCAAGAUGAGAAUAGGCAUGGAGACUUCUUCUCUGCCUUGAUGAAAGCACAGCCACAAUUUCUUAAUGACUGGAAGGCAAAGUUGUGGUCCCGAUUCUUCUGUCUAUCGGUUUAUGUCACAAUGUAUCUGAAUGAUUGCCAACGCACAGAUUUCUAUGAAGGAAUUGGACUUAACACAAAAGAAUUUGACAUGCAUGUCAUCAUCGAGACAAACCGAACAACUGCACGAAUUUUCCCAGCUGUUCUUGACGUUGAGAAUCCAGAGUUUAAGCGAAAGUUAGACCGAAUGGUGGAGAUAAACCAGAAGAUUCUUGCUAUUGGUGAGAGUGAUGACAGUUCAGUUGUGAAGAACUUAAAGAGGAUUCCACAUGUUGCUGCCCUGGUGUCUGAGCUCUUGGCUGCAUAUCUGAUGCCACCGAUUGAAUCGGGAUCCGUAGAUUUCGCCGAGUUUGAACCAAAGCUUGUGUACUGAAGUUGUGUAUAAAUUCCUUAUUUCCUUUUGAUCUCUAUUGUAAUGUUAAUCUUGAGUGCUACUAUUAGUACUUACUGCUGCCAAGACAGUGAGGAAACAUUUACCAUGAUGAGGUCCUUAUUAGUUUAAAUCACAUUUUGUCAUUUUUGGAUCA